AUGUCAGAUAAAAUCAAAGUCGCCAUUCGCAUACGUGCACCUGCUAAGGAACGUCCCAAGAAUGGCGCAGUGAAGCUUGUUUCACCAAAUGAAGUCUCCGUGACACAAAUCAAUGGAAAUGAUACACAAAAGAGGUUUAUUUUUGACCAAUGUUUCGAGUACACUGAAGAUACCAGCCAGGAUCAAUUGAUCCUGUAUCAAGCUCUCGCACGCGACUAUUUGCUGUACACGCUUGAUGGCUACAAUACCUGCAUUUUCGCUUACGGCCAGACCGGAUCUGGCAAAUCGCAUACUAUCACUGGUUCUCCGGAAUCCCCUGGCAUCAUCUACAGGAUCUGCGAAGAGCUAUUCGAAGUGGGAGAGCUAUACGAAGGGUCUGAAAAUGGCACACAAACGAGGUUUACCAUCCAUCAUUCUUAUUUCGAAAUCUACAAUGAACAAGUCCGAGACCUGCUAGGAGUUGGUAAAUGCCGAAUUCGAGAGAAAGCUGAUAAAACCACAUUUGUCGAAGGAUUGAAAGAGUUUGAGGCCAAAAAUAGGGAGCAAAUCCUGGACUCCUUGAAACGCGGUAAUGAGCUGCGAACCACUGGAUCGACUAAUGCAAAUGAGCAUUCGAGUCGAAGCCAUGCUAUUUUCACAAUUUCAAUUACCCAAACGGAGAUUUCUCCCCUGGGCGAAAUAUUUGAGCGUCGAUCUUCAAUUAGACUCGUCGAUUUGGCCGGUAGCGAGCGGGCCAGUGCAACUGGCUCGCGUGGUGAUCGUUUGAAAGAGGGUUCCAAUAUCAACAAAUCCUUGAGCUCAUUGGGUCGUGUAAUAUCUGUUCUGGCAAAAAAAAAUCAAACCAAGCUCGUUCCGUACAGAGACUCAGCUUUGACUUGGGUCCUGAAAGAAAAUCUUGGCGGAAACAGUAAAACCUGUAUGAUCGCGUGCGUAUCUCCAUCUGAUUUCGAAGAAACGAUGUCUACGCUACGCUACGCUAACAUUGCGAGCCACAUCGUCACAGAGGCUCAUAUAAACGCGUGUGAGGCAACGCAGGAUAAAGAGCAAUUUCCCUCCAUGAAAACGCUAAUUGACGAACUGCAAGUCGCACUGUCGCAACUGAAGGAUCAAAAACUUAUCCAGGAUCAAAUGCGCAAGAUCAAACUGACCAAUCGGUUUUUGGAGUCAACAGUCGAGCGUGAAAAAAAUCUCAAGACUGAAUAUUACGAUCAAUGCAUGAUCAUCUCUCGUCAAAGAGAUCAGCUCAGUAAUUCCCUGUAUGGAAUUCUAUCCGAUUUAUCAAUUCAGGGACAAGACGAUACUCAGGAAGCCAUCCGCAAGCUCCAAGAAAGGUCAACAAUCUUUAAAAGCCUGCUCGAUGCAGACUGGAAUUUCUGGCAACCAUUACCAACCCAGAUUAGUUCCUAA